UACGAGCAUUUCCAAUAUGGCCGACGAAAAUGAUAUUUCAAAUUUUGAUGCUCAAAAAGUUUGUAUCGGUUUCAAGGAGCUAAUCAAAGAUAUAAAAGAUGGAAAUAUUUCCGCAUUGUCCGCUCAUUUUGCCAGCACAGUCGGCAGUGAAGCAGAGAAACGCUCAUCCGCUGACCAGGCAUUUCGAGAAAUUCUCAUGGAAAAGCUGACUGUUGACAAAGAUUCAACUGUAUGUGAUGGUUUGGUCCACAAUGCAAUUCAGUGUUCAAGGAAAGGCAUCACCUCUGUACCUCUCCCAAUAACUUUGUUGUCAGACAUGUUUGACUGUAUAACACUUGAUGUUUGUGAGCAAUUGUUUCAUAUUGUUGAGAAACAUGUUGUAACCUGGACAUCUGAACCAUUUUUCCUAGCAGGGAAGAACCUGCUUCUCAGGAUGUGUAAUGAUUUAUUACGUCGCUUAUCAACAUCCCAGAAUACUGUAUUCUGUGGGAGAAUACAGUUGAUUCUUACAAGACUUUUUCCACUCUCAGAAAAAUCAGGUUUAAACCUGAUGAGUCAAUUCAAUUUGGAAAAUGUGACGGCAUUUGAUUACAAGGGAACUCCAAGUAAGGACAAAAGUAGUUCAAAAAAGGAAGUUAAUGACAGUGAGGUAGUUGAUUACGUGCUCUACACGAAAUUUUGGUCGUUGCAAGAUUUCUUUCGAAGUCCCACGCAGUGUUAUCAUGAACUAAACUGGAAGAAAUUUGUUGAUAAUGCGUCUGCAGUUCUUGCAGCGUUCAGCAGUCAUAAACUGGAGCACGUUUCGAAGAAACGGAAACACAACGAGAGCAAAGAUGUUGCGAUGAGCGACGCUUCAGAUCAGCAGACGUAUUUCGCCAAGUUUCUGACGAGCGAGAAGUUACUAAAUUUGCAGUUAAAUGAUUCAAACUUUCGCCGAACAAUUCUGGUUCAACUACUGAUAUUAUUUCAAUAUCUCACUGGAGAGGUAAAGUUUAAAAGUGCUAGUCAAAAAUUGAAAGAGAAGCAAAGUUCGUUCGUGAAAGAUACAACUUCAAAAGUGUACGAGUUGCUCAGAGAAACACCGCCUGAUGGGGAUAAGUUCGCGAAAUAUGUCGAGGGUGCAUUGAACAGAGAAGAGAAUUGGAUAUCAUGGAAGAACGCCAGCUGUCCAAGUUUUGUGAAAGAAAAGGAGGAAGCGACGACGGACUCCACCAAGAUACCACGAAAACGUAAGGCAAAAGAGCGAAUCGCCAACAUCACCUCAGGAUCUAAGAUAGACAUGGGAAGCAAUGAACUAACGCGUCUUUGGAAUCUCUGCCCUGACAACAUGGCGGCCUGCAGGUCGGAAAAAAGAAACGUUCUUCCCGACUUGAAAGAAUUUUUCGAGGAAGCAAUCGAUCAAGCUGAUCCCGAAAGCCAGAUCGAAGAACAGUACAAACUUGUUAAUGAUCCGAAAUUUGGUUGGAGAGCUCUGCGACUACUGUCGAGGAGAAGUCAACAUUUCUUUCAAUCCAGCACGAAUCCCUUCAAAACGUUACCGCAAUAUUUAGACUUAGCCAUACAACAGCUGGGGCAAGAACUUAUGCCUCCUAUUAAAAUAGAAGAAUCGACGAUUGUUGAAAAUGGUACUUCCACGGAAGACAAGAUACAAGACACGAAACCAACACCGCAGGUCGUUAUCAAACAGGAGAAGGUGGAAGACUAACACUCGCGGUAACUAACAAAAAAAACGGUAAACUAAACAAAAAACCGAAGUGAUUAGUUGAAAUAUAUCAUAUGAUAGCUAAUACUCGAAUUCGUGUUAAUAUAACAACGAGUCGAACUUUUGCUAUCGAAUUUCCUCAAAUUUUUCAGCAAAGGUUAAA